AUGGAGGAGAUCUAUCUCUGCCUACGACGAGGAAGGUGGCCGGCCAUCUGCGUCAGUCACGCCAAGACGGCAAGGAAAGUAGCCGGCCAUAUCAAUCCGGCUCUCCGGCACGGCGAUCCGACUCCCCGCUACGGCGAGGAAAGGCGACGGCCAUCUCAGUCCGACUCCCCGCUACGGCGAGGAAAGGCGACGGCCAUCUCAGUCCGACUCCCCGCUACGGCGAGGAAAGGCGACGGCCAUCUCAGUCCGACUCUCCGCUACGGCGAGGAAAGGCGACGGCCAUCUCAGUCCGACUCUCCGCUACGGCGAGGAAAGGCGACGGCCAUCUCAGUCCGGCUCUCCACCACGGCGAGGAAAGGCGACGGCCAUUUUAGUCCGGCUCUUCACCGCGGCGACGAAAAGCGACGGCCAUCUCAGUCCGGCUCUUCACAGCGGCGAGGAAAGGCGACGGCCAUCUCAGUCCGGCUCUCCACCACGGCGAGGAAAGGCGACGGCCAUUUUAGUCCGGCUCUUCACCGCGGCGACGAAAAGCGACGGCCAUCUCAGUCCGGCUCUUCACAGCGGCGACGAAAGGCGACGGCCAUCUCAGCCCGGCUCUUCACCGCGGCGACGAAAGGCGACGGCCAUUUCAGUCCAGCUCUCCACUAUGGCGAUGAAGGUGGCCGGUUAUCUCCUCCGUAUCCAUUACGUGGAGCGGGUUGCGUCUCUCUGUCCCAUUCUCAUGCUGGUGGAUCUAUGUUAUCCGUCUUUAUUAUUGGUGGGGGUUUUAUAGCUAAAAGGGAAUCAAAUGUAGGGGUCCGUUCGAUAGUCUUAGAAAGUUACCGAAUGCGACAGACAAACUGA